CAGAGGAACAGACACCAGUUUACAUUGAGCUCUCAGCAGUGGAAAAGGGAGCAGCUUCAAGUUCCUGGGCAUCAGCAUCCCAGAGGAUCCAUUCUGGAUUCCCUGCAUUGAUCAUCACAAAGGAAACACGCCAGCAGCUCUUCAUUAGCAGCUUGAGGAGAUUUGGUAUAUCGGCAAAGACUGGCAAAUGUUUACAGAUAUACAGCGGAGAGCAUUCUGACUGGUUGCGUCACUGGUAUGGAGGUGCCAGGAUUUUGUUGGCCUGAAUUUGAAGCGGCAGCCCAAUGAUGAAUGACAAGUAUGCCGGUACUUGUGCAGGCCUGGAGCCUCUUCACUUGCUUCGCAUCCUGCAAGCACACUGGACAAAGAAGGAGAUUCAUGAGCUCCCGGAAGAAGCAAUGCGAGGAUUUGCCUCCCUCACUGAUCCAGUGGAGGGUCUCCUGGUGAUGCUGGAGAACUGCAGUGACUGGAAAAGGGGAAAAAAACAGUCCCUGGCAUAUUUCCUUAUUGGCCAAUUUAGUAUUUGGAUAAACGAGAAUGCAAGAUCUUAUCAGCCAUGUCAGAAGCGAAACAUGCUGCAGACGAGAGUCUUCUCUUUGUUCACUGUGGUGCCAACCAACUUGUUUGACCAGCUGAUUUCUGUAUUUGAAGUGGAUCAAGCUGACUCAGCCACUCUGCUCAGUCUGAUCAAGGAUCUGUGUAUCAAAAGGAAGUAUAAGGAGGCUGUAUUACUGAGCAUAAAGCUGAAUCUGCAGUUGCAGCUGAACAUAGAGGAGAUGUGUAUUCCCCUGCUCCUUCAGGAUGAUAUGAGCCUGGUGGAGGCAUAUGUUGACGACGAUCCAGAGCUACAGAAGCGUUUGCUACAAGUGCUGGAUUCGCUGUGCCGCUCGUGUGAUAGCAUAGAAAACAUACGCAGGCAUGAUGGAAAACUAUCACGUUUGAGAUGUGACAAAAUAAAUUAUAAGGUUUUGAGUAAACUGGUGUUCAGGCUAAUGAAACUUUACGACCUUGGCACAGAACUGUGCCCAAAUAUGGUGAACUGGCAUUGUUUGGAUUCUCUCAAAUAUCUUCUGUAUAAAUACUUUGUGGAGAAGGGUAUGACUGAAGAGAUUUGGUCUGAACACACUGAGGAUAUAGUUGGACAGAAUUCCUGUCUGCAGGGCCAGUUUUUGAGCUUGCUGGCAAAGUACACAGAUGUCAGUACAGUGGCUCUCUGGGCCCUGAGGCUAAAUGUGCCAGAAGAAAGACUACCACGACACAUCGCCGAAUGGCUCAGGCAGCUGGAAAAAGACAAAGAUUACAGAGAUGGUGUAAAGAACAGUUCCAAAGAGGAAAGUGGCCUGGAGAAAGAAAAAAAGAAGUACUACCAGCUACCAAUUUCCACAGGGUGUAUUUACAUGGUGGAGCAUUUGGAUCAGUUACAGAGCUGUUCAUCUCGGAUACUACAGGCUGAUGGUGUCGUGGGCAUUGACAUGGAGUGGAGGCCCACGUUCCUAGCAUGGUCCAAAACCCGGGUGUCGAUCCUGCAGAUUGCUUUGAAGAAUUGUGUUUACCUUCUGGAUCUGCCUCAGCUGGCGAAGGAGUCAGAAUCCCUGGGCCGGGAAUAUGAACUUGAGCAGUUCAUGCAUUCUUUAUUCAAUAGUAGAACUAUAACUAAGCUAGGUUAUGCUUUGGCAGGAGAUCUACAUGGUUUGUGUACAACUUACCCUAUUUUGAAGGAUGUGGUACGGAAUACAGCUGGCAUUCUAGACCUCCUAAAUGUGCAUAAAGAGCUGCAGAAAGUUCCAGUUCACAGAAAGGAUUGCAAGGGAGCGGAGAACAUGCUUGUGUCGGUCAAGAACAGAUUGGACUCUGGCUGCAAACAGCAAGAGAAGGGUCUCAGUCUACUUGUGCAUUACGUUUUGGGAAAACCACUAGAUAAAACACAGCAGUUAUCCAACUGGGAGAAACGGCCUCUCUCGUGCCAGCAGAUUGUUUACGCAGCGACCGAUGCAUACUGCCUGCUGGAUCUUUAUGAUGCCUUGUAUCAGGACGUGGAGCAUUUGAACUGCUUGAAUUUGAAAGUGGAGAAGAAUAGAAAGGAAAAUAAACCAAUGAAAGGCAAGAGCUGUGCAGCCACUCUCGUCCAGGAUAUUCGAUUGGCCCAGGAUGAGACACUACUGUCCUCCCCAGUGUCACCUGCCGAUUUCAGAGUCAUCUGUGACAACAUGUUGCAGGGCCUUGGCCGAUACCUUCGCUGUGUGGGAGUUGAUGUGAAGAUUCUAGGAAAUGAAGAUGAUCACAGGAAGGCUGCUGAGAUUGCUCGUGAAGAAAACAGAGUUAUCCUGACCUGUGGUUUACCUUAUCAAACGCUGCGAUCCCAAGUGGGGGAGGGCCGGUGCCUCUCCGUGAAUUGCUCAGAGAAAGCCAGGAACCAGGCCAUUAAUGUGCUGAGACACUUCAAUGUGCAAGUUACCCCCAGAGACAUCUUCAGCCGUUGUCAGGUCUGCAAUGGGUCCGAAUACCUGAAGCUGCCCGCUGAAGAUAUGAUCCAAGCCAUGAAGUUAAGCACUGCCUCAGGAAAGGCAGAGUGUUCAGAUACUCCAUCCACUGAGAGUAUUAAAUCGCCCAGUCGGAGUAAACACAAGGUGCAUCCGCAGACAGAUCCUGGUUGUCCUGGCAUCACUUCCUAUUAUCCCAAUUGUCAUUGGGCAGAGAGAUCAAGGUUAAACCUGAAGACACUAAUGUUUGCAGGUGGUGCCAUUUUGCAGGUGAGGGCCAUUCCACCUGGUAUAUUGGACAAGGUCCCAUGGUUCUACUGCUGCACUACCUGUGGUAAAGUCUUCUGGGAAGGUUCCCACUUUCACCACGUGCUAUCUCAGUUCCAGGAGGUGCUGCACAUCACAAAUGAAUCAACCCAUUUACAAGUUUAAUCUUUCUCCAUGUUUCACUAAUUCAUCUUUAAAAUGGCCCUUGUCAGAGCUCAGUUUUGGUGUUUCGGUACCUACCUGGACUUGCCACUCUCACAAAAGAUACAUCUUUUACAUUAUUCUGCUUAAAAUCAUAGCUCCAGAACCAUUCACAUUCCUUCCCAUUCCCUUGGUGCAUCCAUUCAGAGCUUCCAUGCUUCACACCUUCCUGUCCUAUCUUGCUCUGCCCUGUCCAACUGUCCCACUAACUUCUCUAACUUCUGGUAAUUUUUCCACCACUCUCCUUUUCUCUUUUUCAAUCCUCCAUUCUGAAUUCCCUCUUAUCCCUCCCUUUCUCCUCACCUGCCUAUCACCUCUCCCUGGUGCUCCCCUCCUUCCCUUUCUUCCAUGGUCCACUCUCCUCUUCUAUUCGAUUCCUUCUUCUUUAGCCUUUUACCUUUUCCACCAAUCACCUCCCAGCUUCUCACGUCACCCUCCCUUCCCCCACCCACCUAACCUGGCUUCACCAAUCACCUUCCAGCAUUUACCCCUUCCCCUCCCCCACCCCCACCACCUUAUUGUGGCUUCUUCCCCCUUCCUUUCCAGUCCUGCAGAAGGAUCUGAGCCUGAAAUGUUGACUCUUUAUUCCUCUGCAUAGAUGCUGUCUGACCUUCUGAGUUCCUCCAGAAUUUUGCUGUGGAUUUCCCGCACCUGCAGAAUUUCAUCAGGUCAGGCGGCAUCUAUGGAUGUUUCAGGCAAGACCCUUCAUCUGGGCUGGAAAGAA